GCGAGGCGAGAGAUGGAGAAGAAUUCGUUCGCGUCGUCCUCGAAUUAUUUCGACAGACUGCGGUGCAAGACGCGCGAGAUCGACGGAGGCAUCGAGAGGCUCGCCGAGACCUGGAAGACGCCGCAUCUCCUCAUCGGCGGCUAUGCGGAGCGCACGGCCGAGACCAAUGCCUGCCUGGAGGAGUUGUGGGAAUCUAUCCGGAGUACCGGCAAUGCGGCAGAGAAACUUAAGUCGAAAUUGGAGCCAUCGUUGGACGAGACAGAUCAGUUGUUGAAGGAGUCACAAGCAAUGUACGAAGACUUGAAGGGGCAGUGCGACAAUUUAGACAUUGUUCUAGCGGAAUAUGGCUAUCAUUAUGAAGAGAGUAACGGCGGUUCAGAAAAUCAGUCACGAAACGUUAGUCAGGAUUGUGCAAAUGACAAUCUUUUGACUACUGAAGAGAUGCCCGACAUGGAAGUCGAGUUUACGCCGGACUUGACGUGGAAAUGCAAGGCUAAAUCCAGAGAAUCAGACAGUUUGAAUGGGAGUCAGAGGAAUCCGAUCAAGGGUAUCGCGACGCCUGUAAUCAAAAGUCUAAAGUCAGUUCUACAGUCAGAGAUUCUUAAUAGGAAAGGAUCACUUUUAAGCAACACAUCUGUGCAAGAAUCAAAUUACUCGAAACAAAAUACAAAAGUAUUGAGAAGAUAAUCUUGAUACCGUAAAGUUCUUAAGAUUAGACGGUACUACUUCAACCUUUGUACGAUCGAAGAUUACCGAACAAUUUACGCGAACCGAUAACAGCAGUAAGUUUUGCAAAAAUCAAGGAACACAAUUGUGUCUCUUGCACUUAUAGUAUAUGCCAUGAAUAAAAACUAAUAUAUCACUGAAAAAUAAUGUUUUCAAAACUUGAUACACUUUCUGCUUUUCCAAUUUCUCAGCGACAUAAAAAAGGAAAGAUGUGCCUGUCUAGAUAAACGAUAAAAAUAAUGAUUAGAAAAUAAAUAUAAAGUAAUUUAUAAUUUAUUUUAAUCUUUCUUGAACUAUAAAUGCAUUGUGUUUAUACAUCGUUAGUGGCUGCAUUCCGAUAUUCACUGCCAGUACUGAAAUUAGUAUACAUGAUGUAAACUAUAGAUUUUUAGUACUGACAGUGAAUAUCAGAACGCAGCCAAUAUAUGAAGCUGAGUUACUUUAAGGUUACAUUACAAUUUUACUACUGUUACGAUGUAAUAGAGUUAGAAUUGAAAUUAAAAUAGAAGAAAUUAGUUAUUACGGAUUUUUAUACAUAUUUUUUGUAACAAAGAAUUUUGUAAUUA